UCUAUGUACCAAAUCAAAAUCCCUCUCUAUUCUCUUCUUCACCAAAACGAACUCAAUCUAUCAACUUCUCCGCUUGAGUGGAUCUCGCCGAAAUCCCUGUCCUUACAAUAUCCGGCGCAUUAUCCUGCCAAAUCGGUGCCGGGACUAUCUUCGAUCUCCUGUUUAAAAAGAAAAGAAUCGUAAGCUUGUGCUCGGAUUGCCGUUUUUGCUUAAACCAGGACUUGAAGAAAUUUGUACUGAUAGAACAGUUUGGUUACAAGCUAGAAGUAUCAAUAGCUCCCUGCAAAUAAAAUAAUAAAGGAUUUGACGGGGAAAAGGAAACAAGAAAUGUCUUUCCAGAAUCAAGGUUUUUGGAUGGCAAAAGGUGGUGAGUCAAUAAAUGAUGGUGAGAUUAGUUACGAUCCAUCUAGAGUUGAGAUGAAGCGUUCUCAUCAGUGGUUUAUGGAUGGUUCUGAAGCAGAGGUAUUUUCCAACAAGAAACAGGCAGUUGGAGUUCCAACCAACAACUUGUUUACGGGAAUGAUAAAUUCAAAUGUUUCUCAAUGGGGAAAUGCUUCUACUUUUCAGUCAAUUUCUGGUCAUCUUUCUGAACGGUUGUUUGAUUCUGAUACAACAGGGACUGCCAAUUUCAAUGACAGAAAUAUUUCAUUGGUUAGCUCAGAAAAGUUUAAUAUGGGAAGGAAGGUAAAUGAGGAUCCAUAUGGGAAUCAUUCUUCAUUUAAUUUAUCUAUGUCUCACACACUGGAAGAUCCUAGUUCAAAUUUAAAUUUUGGUGGGAUUAGAAAAGUGAAAGUUAGCCAGGUCAAGGAAUCUGAGAAUGUCAUGCAUUUGUCAAUGGAACAUAACUACAAUAGGGUGGAUAGCAAUAAUUUGUCAACCUCUCAUGCUUACGAUAAGGGUGAAAAUACCACAUCAAUGGGUCUUGCUUAUAACAAUGGGGAUGGCCAUAUCAUGUCUGUGGGGGAAGCUUAUGACAGUGAGAGCAACAUUUUCAUUUCAAUGGGACAACCCUAUAGCAAGGAAAAUGACAACAUAACUAUGAAUCAAACAUACAAAGAUAAUAACGGUAUCAUAGCAAUGGGCCACACGUUUAGCAAGGAUGAGAACGGUAUCAUAUCUACGGGUCAAACCUUCAAGCCAGAUGAAAACACCAUAUCAAUGGGGCAUCUCUUCAGCAAAGGCACUGGCAGUACUGUUUUAAUGGGUCACACCUAUGACAAAGGCGAUAACAAUGAUUUGUCAGUUGGUCAGUCCUUUAAUGAAAGAGAGAGUACUAUAAUAUCCUUCGGUGGCUAUGAUGAUGAUGAUACAAAUCCCUCAGGACGGCUCAUAUCCAGUUAUGACUUGUUGAUGGCCCAACCUUCUCUUCAGAAUUCAGAAGUAAUAAAUGAGAAAGAAGUAGUCAAUUCAAAUGUGGAUGCACAUGCAUCUGCUGUCCAUACAACUGCAUCUGGAACUGAAAAUGCUUCUAAGAAGAAAGAGGACCUAAAAGCAUCUAAGAAGGCUCCUUCAAAUAACUUCCCUUCAAAUGUCAGAAGUUUGCUAUCCACUGGAAUGCUGGAUGGAGUUCCUGUAAAGUAUAUAGCAUGGUCACGGGAGAAGGAGCUUUGUGGUGUUAUAAAAGGUUCUGGAUAUUUAUGUGGCUGUCAGACAUGCAAUUUCUCUAAGGUAAUUAAUGCUUAUGAAUUUGAGCGACACGCUAAUUGCAAAACAAAACACCCCAAUAAUCACAUAUAUUUUGAGAAUGGGAAGACUAUCUAUGGCAUUGUCCAAGAGCUAAGAAGCACACCUCAGAGUAUGCUGUUUGACGUAAUUCAGACAAUAACUGGAUCACCUAUCAACCAGAAGUCCUUUCGUCUUUGGAAGGAAUCAUUUCUAGCUGCCACUCGUGAACUUCAACGUAUUUAUGGAAAAGAUGAAGGGAAACCAUUAAAAUAAGAGCAGCCUUGUUUAAUUUGCAAGGUCGGAUAGUUUUUGUGUUGUGCAUACAAGUCAUCUUUUUGGCCACACCUUGUACUGCUUAAGGUGGCUGCACUGCUAACUUGCGACUGUUGGGUGUGUGCAAUUUUUUGAACUGGGCAUCAUGGUGGAAGCUGGAGUCCAACAUGCAAAAGGAACUUCAAUUUUUGUAGCUGGAUUUGCGAAAACUGCACAUAGCCUGCUGACUGAAGCUCAAAUGGAAUUAAAAAAAAUAUGUGCUACUUUUAACAGAAGAAAAGUUUUGUAAGUUUUCUGUUGUGGUUUCCUUUGCAACCAUUUUUGUCAUGUUUACCCGGAAAAGCAUUUUAAGUUCAUUAUGCUGAAAUUACUGAUGGGCUGUAAACAAAAAAAAAGAAAAAAAGAAGCAUGUCAAUAGGUCUAAAACAUGGUUGACAAUA